AGAAAAGAAACACUACUAGCUAUAUGGCUCUUAUGUCAUCAUUAGUUGUGAUGUUUUUCAAACUUGUUUUGUUGUUUCAUCCUCUCCUACUACUCUCUAAUCAUCAUCCUUUUGUUAAUUCUGUGCAGCCUUUUUGCCAUGAUGAAGAGAGAAGUGCUUUGAUCCACUUCAACCAAAGCUUUGAAAUAGAUUGCCAACCUAGAGUCGAUAAAAAUCAUCAAUUUGUUCCUAUCUAUCCAAAGACAUCAACUUGGGGAUCAAACGGUACCAAUUGUUGCGCAUGGGAUGGUGUUGAAUGUGACUUGGUGACUGGUCAUGUCACUGGUCUUAACCUUAGUGGUUCUUGUCUCUACGGCUCAAUCUACUCCAACAGCACUCUCUUUCACCUUGUUCAUCUUCAAAAGCUUCAUCUUGCCUUUAAUAACUUCACUUUCUCUCCAAUUCCUACAACCAUAGCAGUAUUUUCAGAGUUGACAUUUCUUAACUUGGGUUACUCUUUCUUCCAAGGUGAGAUUCCAACUGAAGUUUCACUUUUGUCUAAGUUAUAUUACCUUUACUUGUCAGGCAAUGUUGAUGGUAACAAUCAACCACUUUCGAGUUUGAAACUUGAAAAAAUUAAUCUUGAAAGCCUGGCAAAAAACUUAACUACCUUGAGCAUUCUUGUACUAAAUUAUGUGGACAUGAGGUAUGAACUAGGUGAUUCUUUAGCAAACUUGACUUCUUUGACACAACUUCAGCUAUGGGGUUGUGGUUUGUAUGGGCCUAUUCCAUCUUCAAUAGGUAAAUUAAGCCAACUUAACCUUAUUAAUCUCCACUAUAAUAGUUUUGCUGGUUACAUCCCAUCUUCUUUUCAAAAUCUCACCCUACUUUCCACUAUGUCAUUAACGAGCAAUCAAAUUUCUGGGACCAUUCCUUCGUGGUUUGGAAAUCUUACUGAAUUAAAACGUUUGGACAUAGCUUCAAACAAUUUGACUGGUUCAGUUCCACCAUCAUUGUCCAAUCUCAAAAAUCUUGAAUUUCUCCGUCUCAUAAACAAUAGUUUAAGUGGCACAUUGAAGUUUGAUUAUUUCCUCAAAUUGAAAAAUCUCUAUGCUCUAGGUCUAGGCUACAAUAUGAUUUCAUUAUUACUCAAUGACGAAAGAAAAAGAGAGCUUAACACCACACUUCCAAAGCUUAGACUUCUAGACUUGGGUUCUUGUAACUUGAGCAGAUUUCCUGAUUUUAUUGUUCAUCAAAAUAAUCUUGUCUAUAUGGACCUUUCUUAUAACCAUAUACAUGGCCAAAUUCCAAAAGAUCUGAUGAACUCAAGUCUUCAAAGCUUGGAAGUGAUGGAUUUAUCCAACAACUGGAUAACAGGGUUUCAAAACUACACAACUAUUCUACCUUGGUCUAAUUUGCGUGCUUACGACAUGCAAUCUAACUUGUUACAAGGAAAACUUCCAAUUCCACCAUCAUCUAUCAGACAUUAUGAUAUGUCUAACAAUAUUCUAAGCGGUCAAAUUCCCUCAUCGAUAUGCAAUUUGAGUUCUAUUUUGGUUCUUGAGUUGUCAAAUAAUAACUUGAGCGGAGAAUUUCCACUUUGUUCGGGCAGUGGGAUUAGUGACUCCAUCUUAGUUUUAAAUUUGAGAAACAACUCUUUUCACGGCACUAUUCCUCUUCAAUGUCAGCCGGACAGUAAGUUAAGAAUGGUAGAUUUCAGUCACAAUCAUUUUCAAGGGAAACUUCAACAACCAUUCACUAUUUGUAUGAAUCUUGAGUACCUUGAUUUCUCUUUCAAUCAACUCAGUGAUGUGUUCCCCACUUGGUUGGGGAGUUUUACUCAGUUAAGAGUUGUUUUGAUGAGAGAAAAUGAAUUUCAUGGAGUUAUAGGGAAUCCUCAAAAUACUACGAAUGAGUUUGCAAAGUUACAAAUUAUUGAUCUGUCUCACAAUUAUUUCACAGGGGCAAUUCCUUUUGAAUAUAUGUUAUCUUGGAAUGCAAUGAAAGAUUUCAAGAUGAGCAAUUUGACAUAUAUGAAUGCACUAGAAAAUAUCACCUAUAACACGGGUGUCAUUCGUCGCGACUUCUUUAAGUAUGAUUAUUCAACAACAUUUGUGUUGAAAAGUGUUGCAACACACUACGGAAAGAUCCCGAUGAACCUAGCUGUGAUUGAUCUAUCAAGCAAUAAUUUCAGUGGUCAAAUUCCUGAAAUCAUUGGAAACCUCAAGGCUCUUUACUCGCUCAACCUCUCAAACAAUGCGCUCAACGGACGCAUUCCACCAUCAUUGGGGACACUAACAGAGCUGGAAUCGUUAGAUCUUUCUCAAAACCAGUUGUCGGGAGAGAUUCCUCAGCAACUAACUGAUCUAAAAUUCCUCCAAAAGUUUGACGUGUCUUACAAUAAUCUCACAGGUCUUAUACCGCGAGAGAACCAAUUCCAUACAUUUGAGAACAACUCUUUUGAGGGUAAUGAAGAAUUGUGCGGAGAACCACUGUCAAAGAAAUGUGGAGACUCACUGCUCCCACCAUCAACUUCCAAUGAAGAUGAUGAUUCUGAUUCUGGGAUUGAACUAGAUUGGAAAUUCAUUUUGGCAGGACUUAUGAGUGGGCUUGUUAUUGGAGUCUCUGUUGGGGAAAUGUUGAUCCCAAGGACGCGCUUGGCAUGGUUUGUUUACAUCUCUAGAACAAGACUAAGGGAGAUGAUGAUCAGAAACUAAGAAUAAAUUUAUCUUUUAUAAAUGCAAUUGUAAUUGGACGAAAUGUUGGCUUCAGGAUUCGGUUGAAGACAAUGUCAAUAUUGCAGCCUCUUUGUUGUUGUUUCAAGAAUAAUUUGACUUAGAAUCUAGCAGAAGGUUAAAAGACCAUGAAGUUUUGCUUGUUUUUACUUUCUUUUUUGUGGUAUUUUUUCUUAUUUGUUUUGUUUUCUUAGAGAGUUGUGGUAUUAUGAGUUUCCUUUGUUUUCACUUGGGUUUUAGUUUUGUACUAGGCAAUGAUCACUUAAAAACUCUUAAGUGACAUGCUUUAUUUAUAAAGUUUGAUCUUGCUUUCUAAGUGUUA